AUGCUGAUUGGAGGCUCGGUACUCUUUCCAUCGGGGACACAGUCCGACAACCAGCUACCAGGGGCUGGUCUUACAGCAAUACGGCGUUUGCACAACGUAUCGGCACUUCUAAUGAUGACAGCUAUCAUCGGCUGCUAUUCGGCACUGACGUUACGUCGCUCAUACACCAGUUGGUACCAGUUGUGUUGUUUUCUACUCGCAAUCUUGUGCGUCAGUGGCAACGACAUAUACGACGUUAUCUGGAGCCGACCUAGGGGCUACAAGGACACCCACGAGGGCUACAGUCUUGUCGCAGACUCUUCUGCGUUACCAUCAGAUAGCAGGGAAGAGCCAAACCUCGUGGACUUGCAAACACGAGGAGAUUUCGAAAGUCAAGGACUUCGUUCGUCCAUGAGCAGCGUAGUCUUGAUCAUACUUUGGACAGCAUUUGUAAGCUUCAACUUCGGGCAACGACAAUAUCCUCGAGCAGAACCCCUGCUUGAUCUGAAAUAUCAGACUAUUAAUCCGCUGGAGGUGGUAAUCAGCAUGUACAAGGAACGAACGGAAGAAGUCGCAACGCUCAUAUCGAACUUGGAGAGCAUGCCUCAAAUGGCUGACGCUCAUGUUACCAUCUAUCUGAAGGAUUCCGAGGCUGAUGAACAAAAGAUUAAGCAAGAAACAAAUGCGCAGGAAGUCAUCAAGCUUCCAAACGUAGGACGAGAAGCCGAAACGUAUCUCAACCACAUCGUCAGUCGAUGGGACAGCCUAGCAGAACGCACCGUGUUUCUCCAAGCCGACGUACAUAACCCACGCGAGUUCUACCCGUUCUUCGAACAAUAUUUCCGCACAAACCAAACAGGCUUUCUCAACUUAGGUUGGGUAGGCAAGAUAUGCAACGCCGACAAUUGCGGUGAUAGAUAUGGCUGGCAGGACGAGACAUCCCUGUUUCCGGAGAUCCAGUCGCGGAUAGACCAUUCCACGCGCGAUCGAUUCCUCCUCAGCUACAAAGGUCAAUUCGUCGUUAGCGCCGCACGCAUACGAGGCAUCGAUAAAGCCAUCUACGACGAUCUUCGGCAGCUCCUCGUCGACGAGAACAGUUGGGCACACAACGAGCCCUAUCUACAAGGCCGACAAGACUCGAUGAGCCAGCCAUUCUUUGGGUAUACAAUGGAAAGGAUAUGGAACUUGCUGUUUCAGUGCUCAGACAUGGAUAUCGCUUGGAGAUGCCCAACCCUGCUGAGCGGACGCAGGCCUGGUGGCAGCAUUGCGGACUGCCAGUGUUUUGAUACGCGGCUGAUGGAUGAUGCCUGA